AUGGAGAGCAAGAUCGCUGGUCUGAAUGCUCUGAAAGCUGCAGGAAUUACAGCAGAAGCAGAUCACGCGACCGAUAAAAUAGAAGCAAUCCAGCAUGUUGCCGCGGGAAUGCUGUUGCUCUCUUUCGAGGUCCACCUAUCGGUUUGCACAUCGGAUGAUUGGACGAAAUAUCUAUGCGGUGUCAAAAAUGUCAUCCGGGCGGCCAGUCUAGACAGGCUCGAUAAAGAUGAAGACCUGACGAUUCUGCUCGACUGGGUAUACUACCACGAUGUCCUUGCACGAUUCAGUCUGCGUCAUUGGUACAGACAACAUGGGAAACCAGCGUUGAAUCUUAUCACAGUCUCGUGCACAUCGGUGGAGGCAUCCACUCAUGUGACGGAGUGGAUUGAUCAAGCUAUGCGAAGAACUUCUGCCUCCUCAAAAAUCGUUGACCUACUCUCAGAACUUUCCGAUGCGGUGCCACGACCACUAUGUGGGCUCACCCCGGCUGAACACGAUGAACUAAAGCGCUUCCUCGAGAUACUCGAGUGGAGAAUCAGGAAUGUGAAAUCUCCCGCGUCGACCUACGAAGACGAAGCAGCCAACUUGAAGUUCGAACUGCUUAAGCUGGCCAUGCUUGUGUAUCUCAACAGAGUGACCUGGAACCAGCUCAGACAAACAUUCAGCGUCCGAACGCAGAUUGAGAGGGCUUUCGAAAUACUGAUGCAGCUUGAAACGUGCGAACGGCAAUUUCCCAUCUUUAUCUUUGGCUGCGAAGCCCAAAGCGACGCACAGCGGACCAUCGUUCUGGAUGCCAUUUCCAGGACCGAAAACUCAGUAUGCUCUCGUUCGCUGAACCAUGUACGGCUGUUACUGCAGGCCAUCUGGGCGCAGGAAGAUUUGGCUGAGGGCAAAACGAAUUAUUGGAACAAAGUGAGCUAUGUAAUAAGUUGUUGUAUGACGCUGCCUUCUUUUGCUUAG